AUGGGGAACACAUGUGUAGGACCAAAUCUUGGUGGUGGGUUCUUGCAAUCUUUUACUGCUGCGGUUUGGCGAAACCGGCCACCAGAGGACAGGCUUCCUCCUCCUAAAUCUAAGGAAGAAAACAGUAGUAAAAAUGGCGCAAAUUCAAACCAUGGUUCCUCUAAAGGUUCUGAAUCUGAUGCUCCUAAAGCUCCUCCUGAUCAGGCUCCUAAAGCCAUUGAGGCUCCCCCAAAUCCAGUUCAAAGCACACCGCCUCUAACUGUGAAAAUUAAUGAUGAUCCACCUCAAAAGGCAGAACCUGAAAAACCCAAUAAACCAGAGGUGAAGGAGGAGGUGAGUAAGCCCCCGGAUGCUGAGAAACAGAAGAAACCUGCUCACAUGAAGAGGAUUUCGAGCGUCGGGCUGCAAGUCGAAUCUGUGUUAGGAAGGAAGACUGGCAAUAUAAAGGAUGUUUAUAGUUUGGGACGGAAGCUUGGGCAAGGGCAAUUUGGGACAACGUUUCUUUGUGUGGAGAAGGAAACCAAUAAAGAGUUUGCAUGCAAGUCAAUUGCAAAAAGGAAAUUGACAACACAGGAGGAUGUGGAGGAUGUUAGGAGGGAAAUUCAGAUAAUGCAUCACUUGGCAGGUCACCCCAAUGUGAUACAAAUCAUCAGCGCUUAUGAGGAUGCUGUGGCAGUUCAUGUUGUGAUGGAACUUUGUGCAGGUGGGGAGCUUUUUGAUAGGAUUAUACAAAGGGGGCAUUAUACAGAGAGAAAGGCAGCUAAGCUUGCAAGGGUUAUAGUUGGUGUUCUCGAAGCAUGCCAUUCUUUAGGUGUCAUGCAUCGGGACUUGAAGCCAGAGAAUUUUCUAUUUGUCGAUCAUGAUGAGGAAGCACCACUUAAAACAAUAGAUUUUGGGCUCUCGGUGUUCUUUAGGCCAGGAGAAACAUUUACUGAUGUUGUUGGGAGCCCUUAUUAUGUGGCUCCAGAAGUACUUCGAAAGCUUUAUGGUCAAGAAUGUGAUGUUUGGAGUGCUGGUGUGAUCAUUUAUAUCUUACUCAGUGGAGUGCCCCCAUUCUGGGAUGAAACGGAGCAAGGUAUAUUUGAGCAGGUUUUGAAAGGCGAACUUGAUUUCAUAUCAGAACCAUGGCCCAGCAUAUCUGAAAGUGCUAAGGAUUUGGUUCGGAGAAUGCUUGUGAGGGACCCAAAAAAGCGGCUAACGGCCCAUGAAGUUCUUUGCCACCCUUGGGUUCAGGUAGAUGGUGUUGCUCCUGAUAAACCUCUUGAUUCUGCAGUCUUAACUCGCUUGAAGCAAUUCUCGGCCAUGAACAAACUCAAGAAAAUGGCCAUCAGAGUCAUUGCAGAAAGCCUCUCUGAAGAGGAAAUUGCAGGCCUGAGAGAAAUGUUCAAGAUGAUAGACACAGAUAAUAGUGGGCAUAUCACCCUUGAGGAACUGAAGACUGGCUUGGAAAGAGUGGGUGCUGAUCUCAAGGAUUCUGAAAUCAGUUGGUUAAUGCAAGCGGCGGAUAUAGACAACAGUGGUACCAUAGACUACGGUGAAUUCAUAGCAGCAAUGCUCCACCUAAACAAGGUCCAGAAGGAGGAUCACCUGUAUGCAGCAUUCUCGUACUUCGACAAAGAUGGAAGUGGGUACAUCACUAGGGAUGAGCUGCAACAGGCCUGUGAGAAGUUUGGAUUAGAAGAUGUUCAGUUAGACGACAUCAUACGAGAAGUUGACCAGGAUAAUGACGGCCACAUUGAUUAUAACGAGUUUGUCGCCAUGAUGCAAGACACCGGUUUCGGCAAGGGAUUGCAAAGUAACAUGAGUAGAAAGGUAGGGUGA